AUGGCGCGUCCAUCUGCUUGGUCCUCUCUUCUCCAGCCGGAGCGCUGCGCGCUAGUAACACCGAUGGCAAUAGUACUCCCGCGUAUUUGGUAUUUCUCGGCAAUGUGGAGAGAAAGAGACCUUUUUGGCUAUCGCCGCUUGGAGACAAGAGCCAUGUCCACAUGCAUGGGACGACUGGUCCCUUUCAUGAAAGAUGGGAAAGUCCCCAUGUUUAUUGAUAACGAGUUUGUGACGAGCAGAACGAACAUCGUGGAUAAGAACCAGGUUCACCUUGUGCACUGCCCCUCCACCAACGAUCUGUUGGCGGUGAAUCCACAACCGUCGGAAACCGAGGUCCGCGCUGCGAUCCAGAGCUGCAAAGCAGCACUUCCCGGAUGGCAGCGCCUCAGCCUGUCGAAAAGGAAGAAGUUUCUACUUUCUUUUUUGAACGCGCUGGAGAGUGGGAAAGAGGAACUUGCAGACAUCAUAACCUACGAACAAGGGAAGACGCUGCGAAACGCGCGAGCUGAAGUUCAACGAGGCAUCGAGGCUGUCGACGAAAGCCUGUCAGUUGCCUCUUUCCUUCGGGGAGAGACCAUGCACAACGUGACAGAGGCGACGGACUGCUUUACGUACAAGCUCCCACUUGGUGUGUGUACCGGCAUAACGCCGUUCAACUUCCCUGCUAUGAUUCCAUUAUGGAUGUUCCCUAUCGCCUGCCUGGCUGGCAAUACAUUCCUACUGAAGCCUUCUGAGCGGACGCCACUGGCGGCGAUGAAACUCAUGAGUUUUGUUAAGGCAGCUGGCUGGCCAAAAGGAGUUGUGAACGUCGUGCAUGGAGACGCGCGGACAGCGAAACUGCUAUGCGCGGAUCCCACGAUCAGUGCAGUCUCUUUCGUCGGGAGUAACCGAGCAGGUGAACAGAUCUACAAGCUCUGUGGAGAGUCUGGGAAACGAGCCCAGUGCAACAUGGGAGCCAAAAACCAUGCCGUAAUCAUGCCGGAUGCAGACAGGGAAGAAGCCCUCAAUGGAGUGGUUUCCGCGGCCUUCGGUGACGCCGGCCAGCGCUGCAUGUCAAUUUCCGUCGUGUUGUUGGUCGGCGAGGCCGGCAACUGGUUGGAGGACCUCUUGCUACGGGCAAGCGCUUUGAAAGUCGGGGCCGCUGACGACCCGAGCGUCGACGUUGGGCCUUUGAUUUCCAAGGAAUCGAGGAUCCGCAUCAAAGAAGCUGUGAAGCAGAGCGUGCGUGAAGGCGCGAAGGUUGUCCUCGACGGACUUCACUCGGUCGUCGAGGGGCAUCCCAACGGUACAUUCCUCGGCCCGACUGUGCUCGAGAUCCCUCACCUCAACAUCACUGCGUACACGGAGGAACUCUUCGGGCCCGUCCUGUGUGUCAAGAAAGUCGCGUCCAUCGAGGAAGCAAUCGCUCUAGUGAACAGCAGCAAAUAUGGAAACGGCACAGCUGUUUUCACAAGGAGUGGCUCGACGGCGCGUUUCUUCCAGCAAUCAGUUUCUGUUGGGCAAGUCGGGAUCAAUGUCCCGAUACCGCUGCCGCUUCCCAGUUUUUCCUUCACUGGCUGGAACAACAGCAUGCGUGGGGCGCUUCACUUCAACGGGAAGAUGGGCGUCGAUUUCUUUACGAAAACGCAGACGAUCUCGGCACGCUGGGGCCAAAACGACUCGGCACCUCCUUCAGACAGUUUGUCCACGUACGAGUGA